UCUUUAUUCCCAUUUCCCCCCCUCUCUUUAUAUAUUUCCCCUUCUCCCUCUCCUUUUCCUCUCAUUAAUCUCUUUUUACACUCUGGGUUCUCUUUUCUUUUUCUAUUUUGAUUUUGAUUUUGAUUUUGCAUUAUUAUCACCAAAUGAAGCAACUCAUCCGCCGUCUUUCCCGCGUCGCCGACGUUUCCGCCCAGUACAACCUCCUCCGCUCCGACUCUUCCUCCUCUUCUUCCGGUAGCCGCCAUCGUUCUUCCGCCGCAUCCGCCGCUAGGGCUGAAUCUUUCCGUGUGGCGGUUAAAAAGACGGUGCCUCAAGGUUACGUUCCGGUUUACGUAGGGGAAGAGAUGGAGCGGUUCGUUGUGAGUGCGGAGUUGCUGAAUCACCCGGUUUUCGUCGGUUUGCUUAAUAAAUCGGCUCAGGAAUACGGGUAUGAACAAAAAGGGGUACUUCAUAUUCCGUGUCACGUACUGGUUUUUGAAAGGGUUAUGGAAGCGUUAAGACUUGGGGUUGAGUCACGUGACUUACAGGAUCUACUCCGGUCAUUCUCCGAUGACUGUUUAAAUGAUUUUUAGACCGGUGAAACGACAAAAAACGAUGUCGUUUUUUUUCAUGUAAAUAUAUUAUAUUAAAGGGAAAAAAGGGAAGAAAUGUAGGGUUUUUUUUUUUUUUUUAAUUUUUAGUUCUUCAAUGUAAGGACUGAAACAAAAAUGGGGGAAAUGUCCGUUUUUUUUUUUGCCCAAUAUAUAUUUUCUUUUUGUCAUGUUUAGUUUUCUGUCUGGCAGUUAAGAAAAUGCUGCAUUUUCUUUGUUUUCUUUUUUUUUUCCAAUGAAAGCUGAAAGUGGAAAUUGGAUGAUUUUUUUUUGGAGAUUUGAAUUUCUGAUUCUUUAUUUUUUCUUGCAUUUUCUCGGCAUCCAAACAAAGGAUGGAAUUGCAGUCUUAGUGGAAAAGUGAGUGAGUGUCGGGGGGGCAGAUCUACAAUUUGGUGGAACAUUAGGUGGCUGUUUUCUACUUCCGAUGUUACAGGUGGCGGUGGGAAGGGUAUUUUGGGAAUGUUAGAAAAUUCGGAUACAAACGCCAUUAAUAGAGAUGUUGGAGGGUUGAAUUGGGGCACGGGAGAUCUCGACUAAAUUCGGAUUUGAAUAAGAUCGGAUCUCUGAGCAUUUAAACUGCUAGUGAAGAAAUUUACGAAGUGUUGUACAUUGAAGCUUAAUAGGCUCCCCCAACGGGUCUUGGGCUCGGGUGUCUAUGCUUGAUUUAUCUCCGGGUUUUGUCUCCUAACUCUGUCAAGACUUCGAAAAGAUGGCAUAUUCACAAAGCAGGAACGCCUGCACCGAUCAAAUGAAUCGAUGUUUUUACA